AUGUCGGCGGCGCCAGACCGUCGUGCUGCGCUGGCGGCGGCCCGCGGGGCCACGCAGGCGGUGCACGCGGCUGCAGGCCUGGCGCGGGGCACAGGGGCCGUGAGGCUGCUGCGCUCCGCGGAAGGCAUCUGCAGGGCCGCGGUGGCGAAGCUCGAGGCCGAGCUUCGUGCUCCCCCCGCGGCCGAGAAGACCCCGCCUCCCGGGGAGGGCCCACCAGCACCUGCUGCUGGCCCCGCAGCGGCGGCGCCGCCCGGCGGCGCGUGCCGCCGCCGCCGCCGCGCGCGGAGGGCCAGGCGUGCAGGUGCUGUCGGCGGCCGUGCCGCCGAGGGACCUUCCGAGGCGGAGGCGGAGGAGGAGAGUGACGUGGUGGCGGCCGAGGCGGCGGCGGAGCGGGCGGAGGCGUCUGCACGUGCGGAGGCUGGAGCUGGCGGAGCUGCCGCGGCGGGCAGCGGCGGCGCUGGGACUGGCGGUGCGCCCAUGGGCCUUGUGCUCGUGCGCGUGCCUUCAGCGGCGGAGCCCACCACUAAGAACGAGGACGAGGAGAUGGCCGAGCUGAACGACGAGUGGGCCGACACGGCCCCCGUGCGGCUCGCCCAUUCGCCACCCGCGGGGCCUGCUAGCCGCCGCGACGCCAUCCUGGCGCCCUUUGCGGUCUCGCCGAUCUUCUCCUUCGACCCAGCCUUGGCGGCGACCUGGGAGGGCCGCACGGCGGAGGAGCUCGAGCAGCUGGCCCCUUGGCUCCAAGACGAGCUCGCGGCGCUGGGCCACGCGCCGUGCGCGCCUGGGAUGCUGGGCGCCGAUGGCGCACCGCCGUGA